CGAGCUGUCACGCUGACAGCUCAGAGGACAUCUACACUGAUGAACAGCGCCCUGAUGAUCAGUGUAGCCCCAUCAGUGCCACCUGUCAGUGUCCAUCAAUGCCACCUGUCAUUGCCCAUCAAUGCCACCUAUCAGUGCUCAUCAGUGCACAUCAAUGCCACAUAUCAGUGCCUACCAGUGCACAUCAAUGCCACAUAUCAGUGCCUAUCUGAGCUACCUUUCAAUGCCAACUAUCAAUGCCAGUCAGUGCCACCUAUCAGUGCCAGUCAGUGCCACCUAUGAG